AUGAAUCAAGUCGAAACCCCAGGCGAUGCAGGAACCCUUCCUUGUGCCAUUUUUGUUGAUAGGUGUCUACCAACAUGCCACCGAGUGCAGCAGUCUGCUUCCAGCAGCAACAGCAGCCAGCUGCAAGAUCCAGAUGCUCACAAGCCAGGGAUAAGUAGCCUUUCCUAUUAUGGUUUUUGCCCUUGUCCAAUGAGGCUCUUGUUAUCUGCCAUGUCUGGAGAGCAGGGAUGGGGAACCUGGUACCCUCCAGUUAUUGCUGGACCCCAAACUCCAAUCAGCCCCAGCCAGUAUGGCAAAUGGUAUGGGGUGAUGAGCACUGUAGCCUGCCCUACAACAGAUGGAGGACUGCAGGUUCCGCCACCUCCUCUGUAG